CCGACGGAAGCAACAGUUCACGGCUACUUAUUUGCUACUGUUGUUUGCCCAUAUUAGGGUAGUACAUUGUUAGGACAGUAAUUGGAGCUUCCUCGAUUGAGGAAAAGCAAGGGGCUUCUUUCCCUGUCUUCACCUACCUGUGAUGCCACUUCUUAACCAAAACGCUAGAGAUUAAAGAAAGGAAAUUACUAUCUUAGUGAAUCACACGGUAUAUGAGCUAGCUGUAUGGGCAACUUGACUUAGGUAAAUACAUAAACUGGACUUCUCUAUUCACUCAUGUUCUACGACGUGACAGCCUGACUUAUAUACACGUAUCCCCUGACAUGUCUUGUGUCGCCCUCGACAAUAGUCCCUUGAACACUCAUUUCAGGAAUCUAUUCCAAGUGAAGCCAUCGAAUUAAAAAUACUCCAGCAUCGACCUGGAGGUAACGCAAGAUGGCAAUAUUUUGCUUUCUGCCAUGUGGGGCGAUAAUUCACAUGUUUGUUUGCUAGCAGGCGACUUUAUAUUAGAGGGAAAACGUCCUGCUUCAAGCCUUGUGCUCUCUUAGAAGUUAGAAAUCAUUGUUUGUCAUGGUUUCCAACAAGAAACGACUCUACAUCGCCGUGUAUCCUAGCGGAAUCACAGGGGACGAAACACGGAAGUAUCAUUGGGCCUUUCUCAUCGGCCCUAAGAAUGAAGACAAGAAAGAGGUGUCCGGCAUGCGUUAUCACGUCAAGAAUCCGACCGGCUUUUGGAUAUACGAAGCCAAGCCCGUGAAGGACGUGAAAUCCACCAUCAGCCUCCUUGCCCGCGUGUGUAUCGCCAAGAUUACAGACGAGAAGCGACUGCUCGAGAUAUUUCGAAACACUCCAAUCCUACAGAAUGACCCAAACUUCAACUGCCGCAUAUGGCUUAUCGAUGCGCUGUCGCGCGUAUCGGCUGAUGGGACGGUAGUUGGUAGAGCCGAGUUGGACUGGGAGAAAAUCGAGCAAAAUGCUUGUGUAUACGUGGGUGAGAAGAUCGCCUCUGGGAGAUAUGACGCGGGCGUAGAUAUGUAUGCGCCAAAACCCAGGUGGGACUUGCUGGAAGAGAAGGAGCUUGUGACUUAACGUCAGGUUAUGUUCGUUAUGGAUGUCAUACACAGAGUGAGUGUCAGGGACAUAGUAUGCACCUCAUAUCCCUG